AUGGAGAUGAAAAAUCUUCUGAAUGAGAUCCAACACUGGACAAGGUGUGCAAUUAGCUUCAUCAUCACUGGAAUUAUUGCCCUGGUAGCCACUAUUGCCACCACAGCCACUGCCAUUCUUCACUUACUCAGAGUAUCCAGAUUGCUCAGACUGUUUGGGAGGAGGUUACUUCUGACAUGGUGUCUUCUCCAGCUGGCCAUUGCUGACACCUGUGCUGCCUUUGUUCCCACUUUCCUGGUUUACUGCUCACUACGUCUCCUGGCUGGCAUGUCCACCACGACCAUCCUGACAAAUACUAUUCUUCUCAUUGUAGAAUGGACAAGUCCCAAAUAUCAAGCUAUGGGAACAACAAUGGCAGUCUGUGCUGCUAGUUUUGGGMAKAUCMUAYUGGGRAGCCUGGCUUUUGCKAUUCGAAACUGGCAUACUCUCCAGCUGGUUGUGUCUAUACCGGCAUUCUUCUUAUUUAUUUCCUCAAGGUGGAUGUCAGAGUCAGCUCGGUGGCUGAUUACCAACAACAAACCCGAGGCGGGCUUACAGGAACUUAAAAAAGCUGCACGGGUGAAUGGAACGAAGACUUGUGCAGAUGCCUUAACCAUGGAGGCUGUGAGAUCCACCAUAAAGGAGGAAUUCAAGGCAGCACAGACAAAACCUUCUCUGUGCGACUUGUUCCACAYACCCAACCUGUGUAAACGGAUCUGUCUCCUGUCCUUGGUGAGAUUUUUAAUAUGGCUACCCACUUUUGGCUUGAUUAUCCACCUCCAGUACCUGGCAAGCAAUGUUUUCCUGAUCCAAAUUCUCCUUGGUGUAGUCACACUCCCAGUAAAUUAUCUUUCACUUUGGGCCCUGAAUCACAAGGGCCGUCGAAUAAGCAUAUGUUUUUUCAUGACCACKAUGGGAAUCACCUUUCUGGUCAACACAUUUGUGCCUGAAGAAAUGCAGACCGUGCAUAUGAUUCUGACAACUAUGGGAGGAGGAAUUUCUUUUGCCUCUGUUACCUGUUCUCUUACCCAUACAAAUGAACUGCUCCCCACCGUCAUCAGGGCAACAGCUAUAGGAAUCAUUGGAGUUUGUGGUAGUCUGGGGUCAGCCCUGGCACCCCUGUUGAUGAUCCUGGAGACAUAUGCUGAACCCUUGCCCUGGAUCAUCUAUGGAGCCUCCUGCAUCUUGGCUGGCCUUGUUGUCUUCCUCCUUCCAGAAACCAGGAAUCAGCCUCUGCCUGACUCCCUCCAAGAUAUAGAAAAUGGGGGGAAAGACUCAAGAAAAACAGAGCAGGAAGAUACCUCCAUCAAAGUGACACACCUCUAA